AUGUCCAGGCCUAGUGCAGCAGCCACACAAACACAAAAGACCCUAAUAACCCAAGCCUUGAAAGCUGAACAAGAUGUAUCUACUGCUGUCUCUCAGCCACAGGCCCUGGAGGCCGCUAUUGAUGCUGUUGAGCACUACAUGAAGGCCCUGACUCUGGCAACCUCAUCGAAAGACAGAAUUCUGCUCGACGCAAAGUGCAAAGAAUGGCUCACAAGAGCAGAAAAGAUCAAGGAGGCUGAUGAUUGGCGAUCCGCGGCACAAUCACGAGAUAAGGGCUCUGUUUCUCGACCUCUGGCCUCUGCGCGCAAACUUACUACGCGCGAGGAGAUCAUCAUCCUGGAAGGAGCAAAGCUGAAUGGCUUCAUUUUUCCUCCAUGGAAAACAGACCCAGCAAUGGGAGAAUUUGAAAAGACAGUUGACGGAGAUGGGCUUUUUACUGAUAAACCUGACCUUCAUUUGUCUUUCCUACAAAGAGACAUUUUUGCUGGUUGGAAACGGCCCCAUGAGCUUCUCGCGGACCAUACAGAUGAGGCAGGAGCCCCAUUAGCGCCAGUUAUGGCUAUAGCUGGAAAGACAGACCUUGUACAAGACGUUUUGACAGAUUGUUCUGUUGUUGCUAGCCUCUGCGCGACCACUUCAAGGACAGAACGUGGCUUAGACGAGAAUUUACUUCCCGUUGUAUAUCCCUGCAUCUACGGACCCAGAUCCGAACUGUCGCCGUCGGGAAAGUACAUAUUUCGCUUCUACUUCAACGGCUGUUUCCGCAAGGUAGUCAUCGAUGACCGCCUCCCGUCGUCAAAAACCUCGAGAUCAUUGUAUAUGAUCGAUCGAAACCGCGCAAACUUCAUCUGGCCUGCGCUGGUGGAAAAGGCAUAUCUGAAGCUUCGUGGUGGAUACGAGUUUCCUGGCAGCAACUCUGGGACGGACUUGUGGGUACUGACAGGCUGGAUUCCUGAACAAGUCUUUCUUCACAAUGAUGAUGUGACUGCCGACCGGAUCUGGUCGCGCCUUUUCAAGUCCUUUCAUAAUGGGGAUGUUCUCUUGACGAUUGGAACAGGAAAACUCACAGAGAGAGAACAGAGAGAACAGGGACUUGUCAGUGAGCAUGACUAUGCCAUACUGGAUAUGAAGGAAACCAAAGGACGCCGACAAAUCCUCGUGAAAAACCCCUGGGCUGGGGCUGAUGUCGUAUACCCAGCCUAUUUCACAGAAGCAGAGCCUCAUCUCAACUCGCCUUCCCUUUCACCUGGCUCGUUCUGGAUGGACUGUGGUAAGGUGCUCCAGAAUUUCGAGAAUCUAUACCUCAACUGGAACCCAGCACUCUUCAAGUACCAGGAAGACAUCCAUUUUACCUGGGACCUGGAAACUGGUAAAGGAAUGGCAGGAUGCUUUGUCAAAAGCCCGCAAUUUGCUGUUGUUAGUGAAACAGGUGGUACUGUAUGGAUAUUGUUGGGCAAACAUUUCAGGUCAAUUGACUCUUGUGCCGCCUCGGACACACGCAUGGGACAAAAUGGGUUUAUAAGCUUGUACGUGUUCAAAGGAGGGAAACGCGUAUCACUUAGUGAUGGCGCGAUCCAUCGCGGUCCAUAUGUCGACUCACCCAAUACUCUGAUGCGCCUGGAUAUGCCGCCAAAAACGGCAUAUACCGUCGUCGUGUCUGAGGAGUCCUUGCCUCCUGUCAGCCAGAACUUUACAAUUUCUGCGUUCUCCAUGUCACCUGUGCAGAUAUCACACGCUCCAAGCAAAUACAUGUGCGUGAACAAGAUCCAGAGCUCCUGGACACCGUCCACAGCUGGAGGCAACGCGGAAUCGGCACGAUACUCCCUCAACCCGCAGUUCAUCCUUGAGAUCAUGGACCCUACGGAUGUAUCACUUGUUCUGGAGCCGUCUGACCCAGAACUCGCUACCCAUGUUAAACUUUUUUACUCUGACGGAAAGCGCAUAACGCGAGUCCGCAGUCGUGACAUUGUCGCGAAUAGCGGUGACUACCGGCGUGGGGGUGCUCUUGCAGAAAAGAAAGAACUAGGGCCAGGGAAAUAUACGAUCGUGGUGUCCACAUUUGCGCCAGACCAGCUUGGCUCAUUUACUCUCUGGGUGUCGGCAAAUAUCCCGUGUGAAGCGAAGCAACUCCCCUCAGAAUCCGCUGGGCGGCGCGCAGUAUUGUCUGAUGUUGGCGUCUUACUCCCAGGCCAAGACAGGAUGCUUGCACCUUUGCAGACACCUAGACUGACUCGAGUCAAGCUCAUAGCGAGGAGCAGGCAGUCUACCAUCGGUAACCGGUCUGUUGGGCCUUCUCCCGUUUUGGUGACCAUUGAGCUCGGACAAGGACCCUACAAGGAGAUCUUGGCAACCUCCGAAGAUGGAUAUCACAGUGAUUCUUUAGCUGGGGUACGCGUGGAUGAUUUCGACCUGCGCCCAGGCUUGGAAGAAAGAGGCGGGGUUUGGAUUGUACUUGAGAGGAUUGGAGGACCUGGCGGUCAGGUGGAGGAUCACUUUGAAGUCGAGGCUCUGGGUGAAGAAAGAGUCGAGAUCGGAGAAUGGAUCGUGGAAGACGCAUGA